GAAACGGUUUACGGAAUUAUUUAUGUUUUAGAAAUCUUUCUUUUGCUUUUAUAACAUGGAAGAGUCAGUGAAGAAUUUGGAUAUUCUGAAACGAAUUAGUGGUAUCGAAGUUAGUCGGUUAUGGCUUCUGCAUGAUGAAUCGUUUAAAGAAUUUUUUGAUUGGUUCGGUCAGUCUGUUAAUGACGACAAUUUGGUUACGGAUAGCCUUCUGAGGGAGUAUACCGAGUUGGAAAAUGACGGGUUGGUGCUAUCCGAUGUGGAGGUGUUAGAGGAACUUAGAAUCCUUGAAAGGGACUAUCCUAAUAUAAUAGCGAAUAAGGAAAGUGAUGUGCAAGCUUAUGAAGAACAACUAGAGCAGCUAGUGUCAAUCGAAGAGCAGUAUGAACGUCUCGUAGCGAAUGCCAAGAAAACUGAAGCAUCACUUACCAGAGAACUUUCUGACUUAGAGAUGAAUAUUAUCGACGCAGAGUUCAAUCAAGGACGGGUUCUUGCUGAAUGCACUGAAAAAGCUGAUUUUCUUCACGAUAUUCAGUCAAGCACUCAACAGCAGAUCUUUGAAAUGCAUCAGUGUUAUGUACAGAAUCAAAAUCCACCUCUGUUUAUCUACCAGAUGCCAAUCGAACAGUUUAAUAUUAAAUGCGAUCAAUUUCUCAAAUAUCUAGAAAUGUACAUUCGAAGGCAUUUUUCCGUUAAAAAGCUGAACGAUAGUGACCACGAGCCGGACCACCAUCAAGAGCAUUUCGAUUCAAUUGUGCAGUUGGAAAGUACAAAGGCGAGGCUUAAUAUGGGCGAACUAAAGCUGCUCGAUGCGAGGAAAGAAUACCAUGGUCUUAAGAAGAUGACGGAACGUAUUCAUGAUUUGUGCUGGCAGCCAAUGAAGAUAUCUGCUAUGAGGAAAAUUUGUACAGAGCUGACUUGUGCAAACGAGCAGGACCGGCUGCGUAUUGACGUUAUGAAGCAGGAAGUGGACAUGUAUGUGCGGCAAUUAAACGAACAACGCAUUGAAGGUAUUCUCUACGAAAACACUAAACUUAAACUAGAUCGUGCUGUUAGUCGGUUAGAGUACAUCAAGAAGCUGGCAGGCAUUAUUUCCUGCGCUUUGAUCAAUGCCGAAAUGUUGUGGGUGUUUAUGCAGCUGGAUCUAGAGAGGAUCAAGAAUAAGUUCGAUAACAGCGAUGAACUAAACUUGGAAACGCAACGAUGUCUGAAACGGAUUGAAACGUUAAAUGCAGCGGAAAAAAAUAGCGCGCACGAGGAUGCACAAGAGGAAUUCGUAGCACAAUUUUCGGCUUUGCUCGGAUCGCUCAACUUAAGUCACUCGAACGCAGAUCGAUCAAUCAGCUUAAAAAAUUGUAUUCAAGAUUUUGCGGACUAUAGAUCACGGGUAUUUAAAAACCUUCAAUCGGUUGUGAGUGGAAAAUACUUCAAGAGUAUGAAUGAUUUGAUGGGAAAUCUGAAUCAAAGCGAAGCAAUUCUCGCAAAAUAUGUUUUUGAUGGACCGGUCACUGGGCCACAGUUCUUCGAUCAACAGUAUCAGGAGCGAAUACAGCGAUUGGAUUUCGAUAUAACUCAGAUAGAGAAAGCUUUGAAAACCCUAAAGACUGAUUACCAACAAAACAUCAAUGAACCGAAGAAUAAUGACAAGUAUUGGCGUUACAAACAAAACUUGUGGGUAUGGUUUCUGACCGAACCAAAGAAGGUUGCGAUUGCCAUCAAGGAAGUUACGGCGGCUGCCUCACAGAUGGCGGCUUACAAAAGUAUUUCCGGUAUCAAGUGUAAGUCUAUGGUCGACGAAAUGAAGUUUUAA